CAGGUUGGUCCUGGAGCAGAUGAGCGCAGAAUAUUUAGGCGAGAGCGAGGGGCGGGGGGAGCGCGGGGCAGGAGGAGUACCUCGGCCGAGAAAAUUAUGCAUGCGUUAGGGAAGCUCUGAGAGAAUGGCUGUGGAAGCUCUCCAUUGUGGUUUGAAUCCACGGGGUAUUGAUCACCCUGCCCAUGCUGAUGGUAUUAAACUGCAACUUGAUGGUGAAGGUGUGGAAUCUCAAUCCAUUAAAAACAAAAGUUUCCAGAAGGUGCCUGACCAAAAAGGAACCCCGAGGAGACUUCAGGGAGAAGCUGAGACAACUAAGGCAGAGUGGUGCACACCUGUAAUCCCAGCUACUCAAGAGGCAGAUAUGGAGAAGACUGUGGUUUCAGGCCAGGUGAGGCAAAAAUCAGCUACGGUGAAGCUGUCAAAGCCAGUGGCUCUGUGGACCCAGCAGGAUGUCUGCAAGUGGUUGAAGAAACAUUGUCCAAAUCAGUAUCAGAUCUACAGCGAGUCAUUCAAACAACAUGACAUAACCGGAAGAGCUCUGUUGAGACUCACAGACAAGAAGCUGGAGCGCAUGGGGCUUGCUCAGGAGAACCUCAGACAGCACAUCCUACAACAGGUGCUCCAGCUGAAGGUGCGAGAAGAGGUCAGAAACCUGCAGUUACUCACACAAGUCGUCAUUUCUUACUGGGGAUUUAAGUAUCCUGGUCAGCCAUAAGAAAGGAAGCACAGCUCAUUUCCAUAGGAACUACAUAGCAGAAAAUAGAAUGGAUCCCAGAAGGACAAAAUCUUAUUUCAUUUAGCUCUUCUGAAAGCCAAGUUACUUGCAAACACAACCGUAAGUUCUGUACUCUGUGGCACCAACCAGGAAACUUCAGAGAGGAGAAUGCAAAAUGAAAUAUGGAUAUUCAUAAUUGAAGUAUCGUUCCCCCUGGGCAUCUCAUCCUUACUUUUUUUUUUUUAAUGAAAAUUCAGUUAACUGCAUAUUUGGAUCCCCAAGGAAGACUCCUUAGCUGUGGAGGACGCCCAGCACGUGCAGAGGGACUCUAGCAGAAAAUGAUGCUACCUCACAGCUAAUAAUCACCUUGCCUGGGAUCAGUACAACAGAAGGUCUUUGAGGUUGCCCUUCUUUCAGCUGUAAAACAGGUAUUAGGUACAGCGUAUAGCAAAAAGCAUUUUAUGUGCGCUUGCAAACCAAACGGGUGCUGGAUCCAAUUUUAUACAUGUACAGGUAUAUCAAAUAAAUUUAAUUUCCCCCAUUGAAAGUGCUUGCUUUUAAUUCUGGGGCCAGCAGUGCAGAACCACGUUGAAGAUUAAAUUUGCCAUUCUGAGAAAGAAAUCGUCGGGGAAAGAACUUCUAACGGACCAGCCACCAAAAAGCAGGUUUUAUGGCCUACCCAGGAUAGGUGAGGAUAUAGAAAAAUAAAUUUAAAAGGAUGAAGAAGUGAGUAAUAGAUGAGAAAACUUUGGAUACAAGGUUACCUUUGCCACCUCAUCUCAAGCCAGAUCAUUGCCUCUCUUAUAACCAACACGGGGUUGCUUUAAUUCCCCAGUUGCAACAACAGGUAGUCUUCUGUGUCAUCUGAGUCACCUGGUGCCUGCCAUACAGGUGGGCUGAAACCUGGUUGUACAAUUUAACCACAGCCACAAGUAGGCCUAACUAAGGUAUCAUGUUAAGGCCAGGCUUAAGUGGUGUGCAGCUGGCUUCUCCACAAAGCCUUCCUUGCUUGGUGCUUCUCACCUACCAUCCCUUGUCUAGGUCAUCCUUUGUCCCACUCCUCAGUCCCUUUGUUCACUGUCUGAGGCUUCAGCUGCCACAGGAGAAAGUGUUCCCUUGAGACCAAGUUCAGUAAUUCUAGGUAAGUUCCUUUUCCUCCAUACACCUUGAUUUUUGUACAUUUUUAAAUGGUAGUCUCAAUAAUGAGAACCUGACAGACACAAAGAACCAUUUAAUAAACAGCACAGGCCUGAAUAGCCCGUGUUGCAUAUUCUGUCUUCUCCAGUUCCCUAUAGCCCAACCAGAGCCACACUUCACUCACUAACUUUUAGCCAGCAUUUGAUUUUUGUAGUACUGCAGAUUUAAUCCAGGGCCUCACAUACAUGAGACAAUAAUUCUACUACUUCAGUUACAUCCCUGGCCCUUUUGGCUUUUAUUCUGCCUUCCCCCAUAGAACACCUCUUGGCCCUAUCAGGGAAAUACCUUAUUAACCUCCUAGAUGGACAGCCUCCUGUCCUAAAGGUCAGACAUUCAGCCACAGGUACAACUCAACAACAAAUCUGUUUGGCUUACCCUCCAGCCUUCCAUAGAGACCACUAAACAAAUACUUAUCUGUGGAUUCACCCUCACUCACUCCAGAAGGCCACUCCUGCUCAUGAUAACCCAUUAAUCAUGAAGCCAAUACACUGGAUCUUGAUUAAACCCUACCCCAAGAGCAUAUUUUGCCCUCCUCUGCCUUCAUGAUAUUGUUGGGAAAUAAUCCUAAAGUUCUUAUGUCAUCUAAGAUCGUACUCAGGCUGUGUGGGUGCAGCUGAGAACAAGGACAGACACCAAGGGGCUGCUGUCUCAGACAACAUAUUCACGCCCUAGAAAUUUCAUGUCUUCUGUUAGUGAGAAGCUACCUGUCGUUAGAAUUACUUUUCUUACUUUCUAAAAUACUAUUGUAUAGGGUGUCUCAGAUGACUUAUGAGAACAGAAACUAUAACUGAAGAAAAUGGUGUGUGAAAAAUACAUAUACAAUACCUUUCAUUUCAGAAAAAAAAAGAGAAAUCAUUGUUAGUUCAAGUAGUAUUUUGACAAAAGCAGCACUUUCCGUUCAACUGAUGGUCCUUGAGCAUGAACAGAUUCUCAUGAAUAAAGAGGUACUCAGAGCAAUAUUUAUCUGAAACUGGUGCUGUUUUUAGAGAGUUGGAUAUUUAAAGGAGAAGUACAUGUUAACAAGUUAAAAGAGCAUUUUAAUGGGAAUACUUGGUGGGGCUUUUGUCAGCUAAUAUUGAGCCUACUCUAAUUGACUUCCAUGUGUUGUGCUUAGAAGAGAAUGUAUUUCUUCUGAUGUAUAAAAAUAUAAAGUCACCUUCCCAUUAGUCACUUUGCCAGAUAGUGACUAACACACAGACAGGGCUAAAUCUAGGUGAGACAAUAGCCAUGAAUGAUGCCAGCAGAUCUGUCCCCUUCUUGUAG